AUGAAAAACAUUGAAACUGGGUGCAAAGUGUUGGUAGUUGGUGGUGAUUAUGUGGAAAAGUCAAGCCUUGAAAUUCAAAUAUGUACCGGACAUUUUGUACCAAAUUACCAACACAAUCCAAUGGCAGACAUGUCCAUUUAUUUUUUUAUUGCACAGCCUUUUAGUCGAGAAGAUUACGAUAUGGAUACGUAUAAACACAUGAUAGAAAGUCAAUAUCCAGAUUCAAUCGCGUUUGUUUUUUGUUAUUCGAUUACAUCAAGUGCUUCUUUUGAAGAAGUUAAAGUCAUCAAAGAAAGUGUUUGGAAAAUGUUUGAAACACUUCCCGCGGUGUUAUAUGGAACAAAAUGCGACCUUGAAAAUGAACGAGAAGUGACAACAGAAAACGGUGAGGAACUGGCGAAUGAAUGGGACAUGCCAUUUUUCUAG